CACAACGUAACGCUUACAACGAGCCGCCAUAUUAGGAAGCCAAGCCCCUCGUUCAUUCGGUCAAGAAAAGAGUGAAAACACUUCCAGGACAAAUUUUCCAAGCGCCGCUUAAUCCGCUGUUUGAAUUGAGCAUUCGAGUACUUAGCACCGGCGCUACCCUGGUGUGUUUGCCCUCCACCUUUAUUCGGCUCUUUUAGUCACUCUUCUACAAUGGCGACCGCGGCAGCUACUCCGAUCGGCCAAAGAAGCACGUGCGGCGGCGGAACGCCGAUGAGCCCGACCAGAAUCACCAGGCUGCAGGAGAAGCAGCAACUCCGGGACCUCAACGACCGCCUGGCCGUUUACAUCGACAAAGUCCGGAGUUUGGAGUCUGAAAAUGAAGUCCUGCACCUGCAGAUCAGCGAGAAGGAGGACGUGAGGAGCCGGGAGGUGACCGGCUUGAAAGCCCUGUAUGAGACCGAGCUGGCCGACGCCAGGAGGAGUCUGGAUGACUCGUCCAAGGAGCGGGCCUGGCUGCAGAUCGAGCUGGGGAAGCUGAAGAGCGAGCACGAGCAGCUGCUGCAGAACUACAAUAAGAGGGACUCUGAGGCAGCAGCAGCCCAGGCCCGGCUUAGGGACUUGGAGGCUCAGCUGAACUCCAAAGAGGCCAUGCUCACUACGGCGCUGUCUGAGAAGAGGAGCCUGGAGGCGGCCAUGGCUGAGCUGCAGGAACAGCUGCAGGAGCUGGACUCAAGCCUCGCUCAGGCCAAGAAGCACCUUGCUGAUGAGAUGCUCCUACGCAUCGACUUGGGGAACCGUUGCCAGAGUCUGACGGAGGAAAUGGACUUUAGGAAGAGCAUGCAUGAGGAAGAAGUGAAGGAGGCUCGGCAGAGGUACGAGAGCCGGCUGGUGGAGGUGGACUCCGGCCGGAAGGAGGAGUACGAGUGUAAACUGACCCAGGCGCUGGUGGACAUGAGGGCUCAGAACGAGGAGCAAAUCAAUAUCUACAAGGACAACAUGGAGAGCACCUACAUGGCAAAGCUCGAGGACCUACGCAGCUUGUCUGACAUGAACGGAGCAUCAGCCAACGCGGCCCGAGAGGAGCUCAGAGAAUCCUCCCAGAGGAUCGAGAGUCUCACUGUCCAGCUGUCUGCUUUGCAAAAGGAGAGUCGUGGUUGGCAUGAUCGUAUAUCCGACCUCGAAGCUGCGCUGAUGCAGGAGAAAGACAACAGUCGCAGGAUUCUGACAGAGAAGGACCGAGAGAUCGCUGAAAUCCAGGCCAAGAUGCAGGAACAGCUGAACGAAUAUGAACAGCUGCUAGACGUGAAGCUGGCCCUGGACAUGGAGAUCAAUGCCUACCGGAAACUCCUGGAGGGAGAGGAAGAAAGACUGAAGCUGUCUCCGAGCCCUUCAUCUCGCGUGACGGUGUCUAGAGCCUCAUCCAGCAGCCGCAGCGUGCGGACCACUCAGGGGAAGAGGAAGCGGAUUGAUGUGGAGGAGCAGGAAGCCAGCAGCUCGGUGUCCAUCUCCCACUCCGCCUCGGCGACGGGACCCGUUAGCAUCGAUGAGGUCGACACCGACGGCAAAUUCAUUUCCCUUCAUAACAGCGGCGAUGAGGACCAGGCCAUGGGUGGUUAUGAGAUUAUUAAGACGAUUGGAAGUUCUACAGCUGCCUACAAGUUCACACCCAAAUACGUCCUGAAGGCCGGACAUAAAGUCACGGUGUGGGCGUCUGAUGCUGGAGUGAGCUCUAAACCUCCCACGGAUCUGGUUUGGAAGAAUCAUCCAUCCUGGGGUUCAGGGAAAGAUGUCCACAUAGUGCUGAGCAACCCUCAGGGGGAGGAGGUGGCAAAGAGAACCACAACAUACACAACUGGGGUGGAGGCAGAGCGAUGUGAUGAUGACGAUGAGGAUGAUGACAGAGCUAUUGAGGAAGACCUAUUUCACCAGCAGGGAGAAGCUCCCGCUGCCAAGAGAGGCUGCUCCAUCAUGUGAUCCUCCUCCACCAGACCAAGUUAGUCUGCUCACAACUAUUUUUCUACAACUAUCUUUUGUAGUGGAUUUCAAUAAAAUGGAUUUUAUUUUGUCUUGUUUCUCAUAAAAAUACAAAACAUAUUUUUGACAUGUGAACGAGGUUUGUUUUUGUAGAUCCUAAUACUCUUUGGUUUUAUCAUGUGACAAGUAGCUGAACCCAAGGACAGACUCUGUUGUUAAGAAGCCAUGAGACAUGUGUGAAGUUUUAAUGUUUGUUUCUUUUUCUUUUUUUUUUUUUUGAUGAUAAAGUUAUUUUAAAAACAGAUGUCAGUAAUGGUAAUGGGCUGAUUUUGGUCUGUUUUCUUGUUUUUAGAUCCUUAAUGUUGGAUUUGGUAAAAGAAAAUGUAAAAGCAUGUGAACUUAAAGCUCCUGAAUGAAAACAUGUUAAAUGACAUUUUUCAGUAUGAUGAUAGACAAAAAAUGAUUGUAUUCCUAAGAAAGAUCAAGUGAAUGUUUCAGUGAGUUCCUUUAGGGCCUGUGUGGAAUUAGAGUCAGGCUUUGACUUAAAGUGAUGCGAGUUCACUACAGAACAUGGAAUUUCAGUCUAAGGCCUGUUUCCUUGUACAUAAAAACUCGUUUCGUCAGAACAAUUGGCAAGUGUGACAAACUUCCACAAACAAGGGCUUUAGACGCUGCACCUAUAUUUACCAAGUAUUGGUCUUAUCCUAAUGUUUUAUAUUUGCUGUGUGUUUGGUGUCUGUGCAUGCUCUAGCUGUAAUCUUUAUAGUUGAGAUUAAAUGUUUUCUUAUA